AUGUAUCAUGGACAAACUCUGAAUAAUAAACCAAAUGGAGAAGGGAGUUUUAGAUGGAGUAAUGGUGAAUAAUAUAUUGGUUAAUGGUCAAAUGCUUAAAAACAUGGAUUUGGAAAAUGGAUUGGAAUAUAAGAUGAUUAUUAUAUUGGUUAAUGGGUAAAUGGAUAAUAGGAUGGAUUAGGAGAACAUAAAUGGAAUGGAGAUAUUUAUUUUGGUUAAUGGAAAAACUCAGUUAAAAAUGGAUAUGGUGUAGAACAAUUUCAAAACGGUGAUAAAUAUAUUGGGAAUUAUUUUUAUGGAAAACCAUAAGGAUAAGGUGAAUAUAGAUGGAAUGAUGGCUCUACUUAUUCAGGAUAAUUCUUAGAAGGAUUCAGACAUGGAUAUGGAAGAUAUGUAAAUAAAAAUGGUAUCAUUUAUGAAGUAAUAAUUUUAUUCUUAGUUAGGGAGAAUAUUUAAAUGAUUUAAAACAUGGAACUGGGAAAUUAACCUAUAAAGAUGGAAGCUAUUAUUAUGGAUCUUUUAUUAAUGAUUAAAGAGAUGGUUAAGGAGUAUCCAACUAAUCUAAUAAUCAAACUGUUGAACCAGAUUAAAAAUAAUAUUCAUCAAUUACUUAUCCUUCUAAAUCUAAACAAGAAUCUAACAUUGACACCUCUUAACAUUGCCAUACUAAUUCGUAUUAAACUUAUCUAAAUUCUUAUCAACAACCAAAUUCAUCAUUUCGUAAAAAUUAAUUAUAAAAAUUUGAAUUACCUAAACUAUCUAAAUAAAAUAGCAAAGCUCCAAGCUCAUCUACACGAACUUAUUCUAUGAACUAAAAAAGAGCAUCUUAAAUAUAAGAAGGUAAAUAAAAUUAAAAAUCUGCUUCCAUUGAUUUGAAAGACAUUUACAUUGGAGAUGCUUAUAAAACUAUUAAAAAGUAAUAAGCAGCUAGCAAAAAUAAUAAUAAUUUAUUUUUAGUCAAUAAUAAUAAAAUGUCUAUUAAGAAUGUAUUUGUAUAUUGA